CCGCGUACUGCUCAUAUACCCAUCGCCACCAUGUGGCUCCCGAGCCUGUCCAGCCUGCCCAGCCCCGCCGCGGCGCUGGCGGCCUUUGACCGCCUGCGCCUUACGCAGCGCACGCGCGGCCUCCUCCUCGGCCUCGCGCUCGGCAUCACCCUCUCGCUGUCUUCGACGCGCCUCGCCUCCUUCUGGCAAGCGUACCGGCGGCGCCGCGCGCUCGUGACGCUCCCCAAGCGGCCGAUCGAAGUGCGCAGCGACGAGAUCGUGCCCAGCACCGUCGGCUUGAUCGGGAACACGCCGCUGCUGCGCAUCGCGAGCCUGAGCGACGCGCUCGGCGUCGACGUGUUGGGCAAAUGCGAGUUCCUCAAUCCGGGCGGCAGCGUGAAGGACCGCGUGGCGCUGCGCGUCAUCGAAGACGCCGAAGCGCACGGAUAUCUCCGCCCACAUACGGGCAGCGUGUUGUUCGAGGGUACGGUUGGGAGCACGGGAAUUAGCCUCGCGACGGUCGGCAAGGCCAAGGGAUACGAGGCACACAUCAUCAUGCCGGACGACGUGGCGGUGGACAAGGUGCUCGUGCUCGAGCGCCUCGGGGCGACGGUCGAGCGCGUGCGCCCCGCAAGCAUCAUUGACGAAAACCAGUUCGUGAACGCCGCGCGCCGGCGCGCACACGAGUUCGGCAACGUCGACCUCCUCUCCGACCGCGCCGAGCUCGUCUCGACACAAGCGACGGAAUCCGAGGCGCACGGGAACGCGAGCGCCGCGCGCGCGAGCCUCGACGCCAAGCCCCGCGGCUUCUUCGCCGACCAGUUCGAGAACGAGUCGAAUUUCCUCGCGCACUACGAGGGCACGGGGCCCGAAAUCGUGCGCCAGACCGGCGGACAUUACGACGCGUUCGUGUCGGGCGCCGGCACCGGUGGCACGAUCUCGGGCACGGGCCGCGCGCUCAAGGAGGCGAAUCCCGAGUGUCGCGUCGUCCUCGCCGAUCCGGAAGGGAGCGGGCUGUUCAACCGCGUCAAGUACGGCGUCAUGUUUGCGCCGCAGGAGAGCGAGGGCACCAAGCGCCGCCACCAGGUCGACACCAUCGUGGAGGGCAUCGGGAUCAAUCGCGUAACGAGGAAUUUUGAGGCGGGCGAGCGGAUCAUCGACGACGCGUAUAGGAUAUCUGACGCCGAGGCCGUCGCCAUGUCGCGCUACCUCGUGCAGCACGACGGGCUAUUCCUCGGAUCAUCGUCUGCGUGCAACCUCGUCGCGUGCGUGCGCCUCGCUAAGCGCCUGCCGAAGGGCUCGCGCAUCGUCACGAUCCUGUGCGACUCGGGCGCCCGGCACCAGUCCAAGUUCUGGAGCGACGAGUAUCUCACCAAGCAUGGCAUCGAAGUGGACGUGGGUAUUGUGGACAGGCUCAUUGCGGGGUAGCGUAGGCGUAGACUGCAUGGAUCACUAUAUUGCUGGG